AUGGAAUUUCUUGAAUGUGUUGAUGCGGUCACAGUAGGCCUUGGAGUUGCAGCAGCAGCUGGAAAAGGAGCAUUGACGUUUUCAGAGCACAACGAUGUUUCAUCCUGGGCUCCGCCACCUGCUAGAGUUUUGAAGUGCAAUGUCGAUGCCGCAAUACAUGCAGAUAGAGCAACUUUUGGGCAAUUUCGCUGUAAUGAUGAUCUUUUUCUUGCUGAAGCCAUGGCGGUCAAAGAAGCUCUAUCGUGGAUUAAAUCUCGUCCGGUGAAUAGCUACAUUGUGGAGAUUGAUUGCCUUAAUUUUUGCACUAGUUACAAUUCUAUCAGACAAGACUGUUCUCAUGUUGGAUGGUAUAGUAUGGUGUUUGUGCCGUUCACUGGUGUGGACAACCACAAACGAUGCAUCACUUUUGGGGCCGGAUUGCUCACAAAGGAAGAUGUUGACUCAUACAGCUGGCUGUUAGAGAAAUUUACAUGUGCAAUGGGCAAGACCCCAAUGUGCGUCGUGACAGACCAAAACUCAGCGACGAGAAUUGCUAUCCAACAAGUAUUACCGGAGUGCCGCCAUCGCUACUUUAUGUGGCACAUCAUGACAAAGGUUAAUGAAAAGUUCGGGGGUGAGUUAGCUAAGGUCACAGAGUUUCGCAAGAAACUAAAUGCUAUUGUCUCGAACGAGGGAAUUCACAGUGUUGAAUUUGAGGCGCAAUGGCAACUACUAAUGGAUGAAUACAAUCUAUCAAACCACCGUUGGUUUUGCAAAAUGUUUGCUGAAAGGGAGAGUUGGAUCCCAGCUUUUUUUUCAGAUCUUCCCAUGAGUGGGCUGUUGCGAACCACAUCGCGGUCAGAAGCAGAGAAUGGUGUAUACGGUAGAUUCGCACACCCCCAUUCUAGUUUGGUAGUGUUCUACAUGCAAUUUGAGAGCGUGUUGGGAACACAACGCUAUCAGCAAGAUAAACUGAACGCAGAGUGCGAGGGUUACCUGCCAAAGUUCAAAACGCCAUUAGCACUCUAG